ACACAGGCCAUGCCGCUGAAACAUUACCUCCUCUUGCUGGUGGGCUGCCAGGCCUGGGCUCUAGGUUUGGCCUACUAUGGCUGCCCCAGUGAAUGCACCUGUUCCCGGGCCUCCCAGGUGGAGUGCACAGGAGCACGGAUUGUGGCGAUGCCUACCCCCCUGCCCUGGAAUGCGAUGAGCCUGCAGGUCGUUAACACGCACAUUACUGAGCUCCCUGAGAACCUGUUCCUCAACAUUUCAGCGCUCAUUGCCCUGAAGAUGGAGAAGAACGAGCUGUCAAACAUCAUGCCGGGUGCCUUCCGCAACCUGGGCUCUCUGCGCUACCUCAGCCUCGCCAACAACAAACUGAGGGUGCUGCCCAUCAGGGUCUUCCAGGACGUAAACAACCUGGAGUCCCUUCUGCUCUCCAAUAACCAGCUGGUGCAGAUCCAGCCAGCCCAGUUCUCCCAGUUUAGUAAUCUUAGGGAACUCCAGUUGCAUGGCAACAAUCUGGAAACCAUUCCCGAAGAAGCCUUCGACCACCUGGUGGGACUCACCAAACUCAACCUGGGCAGGAACAGCUUCACCCACCUGUCGCCUAGGCUCUUUCAGCAUCUGGGCAACCUGCAGGUGCUCCGGCUACACGAGAACAGGCUUUCAGACAUCCCCAUGGGCACGUUCGACGCACUCGGCAACCUCCAGGAGCUUGCCCUCCAAGAGAACCAGCUUGGCACCCUCUCCCCCGGCUUGUUCCACAAUAACCGUAACCUCCAGAGACUGUAUCUGUCCAACAACCACAUCUCCCAGCUGCCCCCUGGCAUCUUCAUGCAGCUGCCCCAGCUUAACAAGCUCACACUCUUUGGGAACUCCCUGAGGGAGCUUUCCCCGGGGGUCUUCGGGCCCAUGCCCAACCUGAGGGAGCUUUGGCUCUACAACAACCACAUCACCUCCCUCGCCGACAACACCUUCAGCCACCUGAACCAGCUGCAGGUCCUGAUUCUCAGUCACAACCAGCUCAGUUACAUCUCCCCAGGAGCCUUCAAUGGGCUGACGAACCUCCGAGAACUGUCCCUCCACACCAAUGCUCUACAGGACCUGGACGGCAACGUCUUCCGAUCGCUCGCCAACCUGCAGAACAUCUCGCUCCAGAGUAACCGCCUCCGACAGCUUCCGGGCAGCCUCUUUGCCAACGUCAACGGCCUCACGACCAUCCAGCUGCAGAACAACAAUCUAGAGAACUUGCCUCUGGGCAUCUUUGAUCACUUGGUGAACCUGUGUGAGCUUCGCCUCUACGACAACCCCUGGAGAUGUGACUCGGAUAUCCUCCCACUUCAUAACUGGCUCCUUCUCAACAGAGCCAGGCUGGGGACAGACACUCUUCCAGUGUGUUCCAGUCCCGCCAACGUCCGAGGCCAGUCCCUCAUCAUCAUCAACAUCAAUUUCCCUGGACCCAGUGUCCAGGGCCCAGAGACCCCUGAAGUACCUAGUUACCCAGAUACGCCCAGCUAUCCCGACACCACAUCUGUUUCCUAUACCACGGAGAUCACCAGCGCUGUCGACGACUACACCGAUCUAACCACCAUUGAAGCCACCGAUGACCGAAAUACGUGGGGCAUGACUGAGGCCCAGAGCGGGCUGGCCAUUGCUGCCAUCGUGAUCGGCAUCAUAGCUUUGGCCUGUUCCCUAGCCGCCUGCAUCUGCUGCUGCUGCUGCAAAAAGAGGAGCCAAGCCGUCCUGAUGCAGAUGAAGGCUCCCAAUGAGUGCUAG